GACAGAGAGAGAGAGAGAGAGAGAGAGAGAGAGAGAUGGAUGGAGAGGAGAGUGUGGGGAAGAGGCUGAAGUGCUCGUCGGAGGAGGAGGAGGAGGAUGUGGAGUUGUUGUUGGAGGAGGAGGAGAUGGGGAUGAAGGGGAUGUUGUAUUAUCCGGUGAGUUUAUCUUCGUUUGUGGUUGCUGAUGCGCUGGAGCCGGACUACCCAAUCAUCUAUGUCAACACUGUCUUUGAGAUGAGCACUGGUUACCGUGCUGAUGAAGUUCUUGGCCGCAAUUGUCGUUUCUUACAGUUUCGAGAUCCGCGGGCACAGAGAAGGCACCCUUUGGUUGAUCCUAUGAUUGUAUCUGAAAUCCAUCGAAGUCUCGAACAAGGGAUUGAAUUCCAAGGUGAGCUACUGAACUUCAGAAAAGACGGAACACCCUUGGUGAACAGAUUAAGGCUCAUACCGAUACUUGGCGAUGAUGGUAUUGUGACACACAUCAUUGGCAUUCAGCUUUUCUCAGAAGCAAAUAUUGAUGUGAACCGAUUAUCGUACCCGGUGUUCAAGCAAAGUUCAUAUCAGAAAUCAAGUAAUUGGGAUCCUUGUAUUUCAAUUUCAGAGAAGAACCAUACCAGUCACCAAUCAAAUUAUUGUGGUAUCCUACAGCUCUCUGAUGAAGUUCUAGCAUAUAACAUAUUAUCACGGUUGAGCCCUCGAGAUGUGGCGUCAGUAGGAUCAGUCUGCAUUAGAAUGCAGCAGCUAACGAAGAACGAACAUUUGCGGAAGAUGGUUUGCCAGAAUGCAUGGGGCAGAGAAGUUAUUGGUAAUUUAGAGCUCAGUACGAAGAGACUUGGAUGGGGUCGGCUCGCCAGAGAACUAACUACACUGGAAGCGGCAGCUUGGAAGAAGUUUACUGUAGGAGGUCGAGUAGAGCCAUCUCGAUGCAACUUCAGUGCGUGCGCUGUAGGAAACAGAUUGGUUCUUUUCGGAGGCGAAGGCAUAAAUAUGCAGCCAAUGGAUGACACAUUUGUUCUUAAUUUAGAGUCAGCAAAUCCAGAGUGGCACCGAGUGCAAGUGGCUUCGUCUCCGCCUGGGCGAUGGGGCCACACGCUGUCCUGUCUCAACGGAUCUUGGCUGGUUGUGUUCGGGGGAUGCGGUCGGCAAGGCUUGCUCAAUGAUGUCUUUGUUUUAGACCUCGAUGCUAAACAACCUGCAUGGAAGGAAGUAGCAGGUGCAACUCCUCCCUUACCAAGAUCUUGGCAUAGUUCUUGCACAGUAGAUGGCACAAAACUUGUAGUAUCGGGCGGCUGCACAGAUGCUGGUGUUCUUCUUAGUGAUACAUUCUUGCUAGACCUCACAAAGGAAAAGCCGACAUGGCGAGAGAUACCAUCGUCAUCGUGGACACCGCCAUCUAGAUUAGGACACACUUUAUCAGUCUAUGGAAAGAACAAGAUCUUGAUGUUCGGAGGAUUGGCGAAAAGUGGGUCAUUGAGAUUAAGGUCCUGUGACACAUACACUAUUGAUUUGGAGGAGGAUGAACCUCAAUGGAGGCAAUUAGAGGCAGGUGAAUUCAUCGGUGAGAGCCCUCCGCCGAGAUUAGACCAUGUUGCAGUGAGCUUACCUUGUGGGAAGAUCAUCGUCUUUGGUGGAUCAAUCGCUGGUCUUCAUUCUCCAUCACAACUCUUCCUGUUUGAUCCAUCGGACGAAAAACCGACUUGGAGAAUGCUAAAUGUUCCGGGACAUCCUCCCAAAUUUGCAUGGGGACACAGUACUUGCGUCGUCGGAGGGACCCGGGUUCUCGUUCUCGGCGGUCAUACCGGGGAAGAGUGGAUCUUGAAUGAGCUUCAUGAACUUUGCUUGGCAAGCAGACCAGAUUGAUGAAGAAUUUUGCUGUUAAUGUGAAGUAUCUUGGUUUUGUUUCUUCUUUGCUCGAAGUUUGUAGGUAUGUAUGUUUGUGUUUACUGUUUUUCUUGAUGAAGUUGAGCAAAUUGCAAUCUGAAAUUUGGAA